AUGUUUUCACUCCGCUCGCUGCAUCGUGCAGUCCCUUCACCUCUACGCAUAUGUACCAGUUGUCGGCGCACAUACUCCGUCACCUCGCCACCUAAACAUGCCGGGAAGCAGGUCAUAUUUUCCGGCAUCCAACCCACUGGCGUACCACAUCUAGGAAACUAUCUCGGUGCACUACGACAAUGGGUCAAACUGCAAGACGAGGCAUCGCCGGAUACCACACUUCUUUUCUCCAUAGUCGAUUUGCAUGCCAUCACCAUCAAACAGGAUCCAAGUGAAUUGGCGAGAUGGAGGAAGGAAAUGCUGGCUAGUCUUCUCGCAGUAGGACUAGAUCCCAAACGAUGCAUCAUAUUCGCCCAGAGCAGCGUUAAGCAGCAUGCAGAGCUCAUGUGGCUGUUGAGCUGCAAUGCUAGUAUGGGCUAUCUGGGCCGAAUGACACAGUGGAAGAGUAAACUCUCUCUACCAUACAAUGCCUCCCCUCUCGACCCCUCCAACAACAAAGAUGCCCUGAAACUAGGUCUCUUCUCGUACCCUGUCCUCCAAGCCGCAGACAUCCUCCUUUACAACACAACCCACGUCCCCGUGGGUGAAGACCAAGCCCAGCACCUCGAAUUUACACGCGAGCUAGCCAUUGGCUUUAAUCAUCUGUAUCCUCAGGAACAGCCCCUAUUGACUGUCCCGCAAACAAUGCUAAGUCCAGCAAAACGCGUCAUGAGUCUGACCGACCCAACCAAGAAAAUGAGCAAGAGCGACCCCAAACCCAAGAGUCAGAUAUUGAUCACGGAUUCAAAAGAGGAGAUACACGGAAAAUUGAAGACGGCGCUUACAGACUCAAAGGAGGGGAUAAGCUAUGACCGGAAGAAGAGACCAGGCGUGUCCAAUUUGAUCGAUUUAUUGUAUCAUUUCGAUGAGUCAGGUGCUGCAUCGCCGGAAGAGCUGGCAGGCGACUUGGUAGGGUUGAGUAUGCGCGCACUGAAAGCGAGAACAGCGGAUAUAAUAGAUGCGCGGAUCAAGGAUAUAAGAGGACGGUAUCAAGAGUUGAUGGGUGGAGACCAGAAAGAGUUGGUACAACAUGCAGAAUGCGGCGCAAAGAGAGCAGAAAAUAUCGCUGAAGAGACUAUGAUGAGACCUUUCAAUCCGCUCUCUGUGGUGCAUUGGUUCAAGGAGGGUGGGGAGAAGUUUUUCAAGGAUAACCUUGGAAGAGAAAAGGUGACAGAGUCUGCGGGUGAGUUUGAUUAG